CAAUGAGCAACACCUAACAAACACCAAGGACACUUGAGAAAAUCAUUGCAUUUUUAACCAAGCACUAUGAAUUAGCCAGUCAAACAAGGAGGAUAAGUACAAAAUUUGCCAGGAAGGAGCGAGCCAGAUUCUCCUGAGCUUAGAAGGCGAUUUUCUUGUAAAUUUUUUUAGUAACUACGAGAUGGAACUGAGAGUUGAAAGUGGGGGUAUCCAGGAAGAUGAGAACUUAGGUUGGGGCGCAUCUUUGCCAGUGCCAAGCAUCCAGGAGAUACUGAGGAAUGAUUCUCAAUCAGUUCCAGAUAGAUACAUUCAAGAACACAAGGACAGGCCUCAAGUUUCUGAGAAUUUGCAUGCUUCACUUGACAUUCCAGUCUUGGAUUUCUCCUUGUUAGCCAAGGGAGAUGAAGAUGAAAGAAGGAAGCUAGACCUUGCUUGCAAGGAGUGGGGAUUUUUUCAGAUAACAAAUCAUGGGGUGGCAAAGGAGGUCUUGCAUAAGAUGAAGACAGCUGUUGCUGCAUUCUUUGAACUUCCACUCCAAGAAAAAAAGAAGUAUGCAAUGGCUGCCAAUGAUCUUCAAGGAUAUGGGCAAGCGUAUGUUGUCUCAGAGGAGCAGAAACUUGAUUGGAAUGACUUGAUAUUCUUAAUCACUUUUCCCACUGAAAAGAGAAAUUUCAAGUUCUGGCCAGUUACUUCCCCAGGUUUCAAAGAAGCAGUGGAUCAGUACUCAACAGAAUUACAGAAGGUUGCUGCAGAGAUCUAUGCUAAUUUAUCAGUAUUGAUGGGGCUGGAUAGAGAUGGUCUACUAAAGUUGCACGGAGAGCUGAAACAAGGAAUGAGAAUGAACUAUUACCCUUCUUGUUCAAGGCCAGAUCUUGUUCUAGGCGUUAGUCCCCAUUCUGAUGGAAGUGCAAUAACCUUGCUUUUGCAAGAUGAUGAAAUCACAGCCCUCCAAAUUAAGCAUGAAGGAUCAUGGGUUGAUGUUAAGCCAAUUCCACAUUCUCUAGUAGUGAACAUUGGUGAUACUAUUGAGAUUCUGAGCAAUGGUGUGUACAAAAGCAUUGAGCACAGAGCCAUCACAAAUGAGAAAAAAGAGAGAAUAUCAAUAGCAACGUUUAUGCUUCCAGAUAACGAGCAAGAAAUUGGUCCACUUGAAUCAAUGGUGGAUGAACUGCAUCGCCCUAGAAUGUACCGAAAAAUUAAGUUUGCUGAUUAUGCCAGGCAAGUUUUGGCAAGGAGAAUGGAGGGAAAAGCUCACACUGAUAUUGUGAAGUUAGAUAACAAUUAAUCCAAGCUGAGUUCUUUAUUUCCAGAUUACUAGAUGCCUAUGUGUAGGCAAGUAAAUUAGACAAAUGUAAUAAUGGUAUGUUUUACUCCUAUGUGGCUCAAAUAACCUGUGCAAGUUUGAUUUGGAAUGAAUGCUAAACCUGUAUAUGAUUUCGACACUC